AGGAUACAGCUGGACCAAGGCGCGCGAGGCCGGCCAGGAGGAGGAGCAGCGCCGGCGUGCAGUCGAGGCCGAGCUCGAGGACGCCAACUUCAGCGCAGAGACGCAGCUCGAGUCGGUGGCCAAUGAGUGGCGCCUGGAGAUGCAGCAUUGCGACGAGCAGUGGACCGAGCGCUGGGAGGCUAUGCAGGCCGAGCACGACCAGGCCCUGGCCGAGAGCGAGCGCCAGGUCGCCAAGCUGCGCACCGAGCUGGAGGUCGAGAAGGCCGUACCGCGUCUCUCGGGCAUGCCUGAGUCAGAUGCCGAGCUGAAGCAGAAGAAUGUGGAGCUGAAGGAGGAGAACGCCGAGCUGCGUCGCGAGCUCGAAGCCCUGAAGGUCAGUCAGCAAGAGACGCGGGAGCUGGCAGCCAGCCAGCAGGAAUCACAGGAGCUGAUAGCCAGCCAGCAGGAGCUGAAGAACGAGGUUGAAGAGCUGAGGCGCCAGGCUAGGGCGGCCGACGCACGUGCGCAGAUCGCUGAGGAGGCAUCGGCGGCGUUGGCAGCAAAGCUCGCAGCCCAGCGCGAUGUGACGUCGCCGCGCAUGAAGGACCGCAGCCUGUCGCGCCAGCUGUCCGACAAGAUUGUUCUGCGCACGCGCGGCUCCCCGUCGCCGCGCAGCUCCAGCAGCGAGAGCGACGCGCAGCAGUUCCCAGGGGUACCCGAGGAGGACGACAUGACGCCUCCCGAGCGCCGCCUGUGGAACAUGCGCAACCGCCAUAGCGCUACUACUCCGGCGCUGCCGCUGUCGCCUGCGCAGCCGUCUUCCUCUGACGACAAGUGCGCGUCAUACCCCGAGCUGCGGCUGGCGUCAACUGCGCGCGACUCGGCUAUCGCCAAUGCUGGCAUGCAUCGCCAGGCUGUGUACGACGAAAUCCAGAUCCAGCAGAUGCUAAAGGACGCGGCAGCCGAGAGCGACCGCCAGGCGGGUGCCGACAAGGAGCUGCGGGAGCUGCGAGCUAAGAUUGAGGAGCUGCGGGAGGCGAAGAAGGAGCUGCAGCAGCACAACAGCCAGAUGAAGAACAUCAUGCGCGACCUGGGCGACCGCCUGGUGAAGCUGGCAGAGGAGAACGACAUGCUGGAGGCCAAGGCGAAUGAGCGUGACUCGCUGAUCGAGGAGAUGCGGCACAUGACCAGUCUUGUCAGCGAGUAUGAAGCCAAGAUCCACGACUUGAACGUGGAGGCAGAGGUCCUGCGCGCGGCCCGGGACAAGGCAGAGCAGGCCUGCGAGGCUGGGCGCAACGACAGCAAGCUCGGCCAUCGCCUCUCGGUCGAGUCGUUCCGGUCAGCAGCCGAGGAGACGCCGACGGCAAGCGACACGCCCAGGACGCAACAUAGCGCCGACAGCGACAACGACGAGGCGGCAGCGCUGCGGGUGCGCCUUGACUUGGCCGAGGCUGAGCUGAAGGUGGCUCUGCGCAGCACUGACGAAUACCGUAACCGUGUUGACAUUCUCCUUGGCGACAUCGAGUCGUACAAGCAGCACAUUGGCUCGCUUGAAACGGCGCUUGCGUCCACCGACGGGCAGCUUGACACGACACGGCGCGAGGCGUCUGAGCUGCGCAACCUGGCAGCGCGUGCGCAGGAGCUUGAGGCCGAGCUGGGCUCACAAAAGACCCUGGUGGUGUGUCUGAAGGAGAGCCUUGCGUCGAGCGAGGAGCAGACGGAGGAGAUCAAGCUCAACGCCGACCGCUAUGCGAACGAGCUGCUGCGCGCCCAGGCGGAGGCCAAGUCGCUGGGAGACCAGGUCGAGCUGGUGUCCCAGCAGCUGAUGGAUGCCCGCCAGCUGGUCACCAACGAGGCCAGGGACCGCGACAUUUGGAAGAGUCCGGUGCCAAGAUCUCCGCGAAGAGGUCGACGAGAUGCGCUCAAGGCGUCGCAAGUCCAAGAUGAGCUGCUUCUGAGUACUUUUUUCUUUUUGCGUCUACUUUUUUAGUUGUCUUUCUACUAUUUUGUUUCUUUUUCCGUCUACUUUCUGUUUAAGAUCUAUCGUCUCCAAAAAAA